AAUUAAAAAGGUACAUUUUAAUUUGGUUUAGCUUUAGUGUUUCCAUUUAGCCUGAUAACUAAAAGUAGCUGAAAAGGAACAAUCCCUCUUUAUAAGUUCUAUUAAUUCAUCAGAAUUGGAACUUUCAGGAGCUCUUUUUAUCACAUUCAAAUAUCAUUUAACAUUUUCAAGUAAUAAGGUUAAGGAUAUAGGUGAAAACUAAUAUAAUUAAGGUAACUACCUAAACUUUAAAUUCCGCUGUAACGUAAUCAAAGAAAACAAUGCAAAAAAGAUUUUGAAAAUACAACUCUGAAGACUAAUUUUAAACAGAUUUUGACAACUUGGAAUCGUGCAUCAAAAAAAAAAUUUGCUAAGUUAUUUAAAUAAGAAAGGUUUACUGAAAAUAAAAAGCUCGUACUUUUACAGAAUGGCGCAUAAUAAGAAUGUAACCCUUUCUAAGGGGAUUUUAAGUAUGAAAUUUAUGAAACAAACUAAAGUAAAACUCGAGAAGGAGGCAGAAAUUGCGGAGGUCCAGUCAAUGUAUUCUAGUGAUGCCGGUUACAAAGUUCUCGGUGAAUCGAAAUUCGUUUUUGAAAAAAGUUUUAACGUUCUUGAAGACCUCCACGAGGGCAGAUUAAGUUUCAAUGGCAUGAAUCCGGAUUUGGAACGUCUUAUGGAAGCCGAUGAAGCUGAGAAAAAAAGUAAAGUUGAACAUAAACAACCCGUUGAUGUAUCUGAUGUUGAGAUGGCUUCAAAUUACGAAAGUAAUGUUGAUACGCAACCAUAUAAGAAUAAGCAAAAAACGUCAAAAACUUAUUCCAUGAAAAAGAAAAUUAACAAGAAAAAUUAAAAUUUUAUGUAAAUAAAUUCU